UCUUUGUUGUAGUGCAAACGGCAAAAUUCGCUUCUCCUUGUAGAACGUCUAGAUUAAGUUAAUAAUCAGAUAUUCAAACUGUCGGCAUGGCCAUGGAUGUCUUAGACGACGAGGAUGAUAUUGACGCAGAAAUCAGACGUCAACUGGACGCCUUACACGAGAGCGACAUGUCAGAGGAAGAGGAUGAUAGAAAUGAAUGGAGACUAGAGAGUGUCGUUAGUGGUGAAGAUGACGGAAAAAGUGAAUACGAGCAACAGAAUCCAGACGGUCUUAAGUGUCUUCCUGAUUCAAUGGUCGUUUACCUCACAGCCAUCAGAGGUUGUCACGACGAGCGAGUAGAAAGAGAGCUACAAGACUGGAAACAAACCAUAGAGAAUGUUGACAUCCAAAGCAAGACAACGGACGAAUUAUUAGAGGAGAAGCUAAAGCUCGAGUUAGGUGAUCAAUUUAGCAUUAAAGAAGUGAUGAUGUCAAAACAAGUUAUUGAAGAUAUGGAGAAAGAAGAGUGCAAUGGAAUAGAAACGUUCAUACAAGGAGAUAUGCUUAGUUCGUCAGGUGAUGAGUUAUUGGAUCAAAAUGAGGAGAUGAAGAAACUACAGCAGAUGUUGUUGCAGCAGCAGGAGAUGGCAGACAAACGAAGGGCUGAAUUUGAGAGAAAACAGGAGGAAGUAAGAGAGAAUGAGAGGAGAGUUGAAGAGCAACGAAAACAAAGAGAGAUUGAGAGGAUAGAGGAACAGCAGCGGUUAGCAGAAGAGCAAAAGCUUGCUCUUGAAAAAUUGAACGAAGAGUUAAAAGAAGAGAUGAGACAACUGGAAAGAGAACGUGUUAAGCACGAGACUGAGAUGGCUUAUUUUACAGCUGAGCAACAGAAACAGCAAGAAGAGCUUAAUGUGUUGAUAACUUUUGAAGCUCAACGAAAGGAAGAAAUUAAUCACAAGGCAGCUGUUUGUAUACAGAGAGUUUAUCGUGGAUAUAGCGUAUGUAAGUGGAUGAAGCCUUUGCUGACUCAGAAGAAAUGUGAAAGGCUAAAGCGGCUAGAACAGGAACGCAUUUGGAUGCAGAGAGAGGCAGACGAGAAACGUAGAAGAGAAGAGCAAGAGAAACAACGAAAAGAAGAAGAAGAACGUAGAAGGAGAGAAGAAAAGAGAAAGGAAGAAGAACGUAGAAGCAGAGAGGAACAACAAAGAAGAGAAGAACAAGAAACGAAACGGAUUGAAGAAGAGAAGAGACGAGAACAAGAGCGAAUUGAAGAGGAAGAGAGGAGGGAAAAGGAGGAAGCAAAGAGAAGGAUGAAGGUGGAAGAGGAGGAAAGGAGGAAGAGAGAAGAAGAGAGAAGGAUACGAAUAGAAGAAGAGAGGAGGAAACAGAUGGAGGAGGAACAGAGAAGGAGGCAAAGGGAAGAAGAAGAAAGGAAGCGAAAACAAGAGGAAGAAGAGAGGAAAAGACGAGAGGAGGAGCGUCGACUUUUAGCAGAACUAGAGAGACAACGAGCAGAAGACGAACGGAAGAGAAGAAUAGAGGAACAACGAAUAAGAGAGGAAGAAGAGAGACGGCAACUGGAACGCAAGAGGAAACGAUUAGAAGAGGAAAUGAAGAAAACACCAGAAUAUGUUGCUGCUGUGAAGAUACAGGCUACUUGGAGAGGUCAUGUGACUAGAGUAGUUUUAUGGGAUUGGUUGCCCUGGCUACAGAAGAGAGAGGAAGAAUGGGUAAAGAGAAAUGAGGCAGCCAUAAGAAUACAGGCUCUAGUUCGUGGUGUCCUCUUACGUAAGCGGUUGGAUGAAGCUCUUCUUGCUGCGAAGUUUGAUGAUGAAGUGGACGACUUUGAUUACGACCAGGAAAUAGAUUUAUCAGCAUUUGAUUUCGAUCAGACACAGUUGGAUGAAGGUUGGGGACCAGCUCCAACUCCACAGCUACCCCCGAGGCAGCCAGUUUUAGCUCCAAUUGCGACUCAGUCUGACAGUAAUCUUCUCAUACAAAAUCAACCUAGUGUACACAGAUCGCCAGCCCCUGAUCCUCGCACUGCUUGGGGAAGCAUCAGUCGACUAUCUAACAAUCGAUCAGCUUUGUCACACUCUACACCAGAUGUUGCACAUGGUCGUGCAUUGAGCUCUCAUUCAGAGGUUGCAGGUGGACUGACUCCAUUGACGGCUCAUCCAUCAGAUUUGUUUAGAGGUGAGAAGGCUGAUGGACCUUCUGGAGGAGCUGGAGAAGAGAAAAUCUCGUAUGAAUGGGGCUUCAAGAACGCAGAAACGGCCAAGAUUAUGAUGAAACGUGCACGAAGGUUGAAACAGAACGUGUUGAGCAGAAAAAAAUUGCAAGACCCUCAGAAACGCCUAGAACUGUUCAGGAAGUUGGAUGUAACUGCCGGGAAACCUCUUGGCAAUGUUUACAGGAGACGGUUGCCAGUGGAACGGACCAGCUAUUUUGCUCAUCUCGCUCACAAUGAAUCGUCAAGUGAUGAUUCGUUGUUUGAAGCUCAACAACAAGUCAGAGCUGACUUAACAUUCAAAUGGGUUCAUGAGCAGUUUGUCUCUCCUCCUGAUCAUCAGUCUGUCGGGAGGUCACAUGAUAAACAGGCUUUGUCUACAGUUAAAGACAGAAAUAAUGGCAAAUCAUCGAGUUUAUCCAAUUUAUCUCAAGUUGAACAAGGUCUCCUUCAUUUGGCGUCAAACAUAAGAGCAAAGGCUGGAGCUACACUCCUCUCCUCAAAGCAAACAGAUAGAAGAUACUCAGAGACAGAAAGUGACAAAAGCAUCAAACUGCCAGCUAUCAAAGUUCACUCCGCACCUGUCAGAAAGACAAGAAAUAGACCCAGCAAUAACUAACUUGUACACGAAAUUGCUCUCUUUCCUACUUUACUGUACAGCAGUAUAUUUGUAUCGGAAUAAAUGUAUUGAAAUAGUGAAAUCA